AUGUUUUCAAUAAAAUUAAUAGACUUCAAACCAACACGCAAAAGCAGCAACACACUAAUUGCAGAAGAAAUUUUACAAUUUUAUAACAAACAAACAUCGAUCCAUGCAGACGAAUUUAUCGCCUUGUCAAUAAAACAAUGGAUCAUAGAACACAAAAAAACCGAGCAACAGAUUCUAAAGCUACUACAACUCCAAGGCGUAUCACCAAAGUAUUCAUGUAUUCUGGGAUUUUGUUUUGAAUUUGGGAUUGGUCUUCAACGUCGUAAUCCGGCUUCCGCAUUCCAAUUUUAUCAACAUGCCGCGGCAAAUAAUGACGGAUUUGCAUUGGUGCAAUUGGGAAAAUUUUAUCGACUUGGUAGAUCUGUUCCAUUUAGUCGUCUAAAGGCAGUAGAAUUGUAUCAGAAAUCGGCUGCUCUAGGUCAUCCGCAAGGGGCGUUGAAAUUUUCUCGCUAUAUAAGUAAACCAAAAGUAAUAUUUCAUUAUCAUCAAAAAGCUGCCGAGAAAGGAUUAAAGAAGGCUCAAUGUGAGAUGAUCAAAUGGUGUUUGGUGGGAGAAACAACGUUAAGGGAUAAGCAUACGUCUUUGCGUUGGUUAUUGCGAAUAUCACGAAACAAUUAUCAAGAAGAAAUCAAUUUGCCUAAAUUCAUGCGAAUGGUUUUUAAGAAUAAGAAACCUCGAGGUUAG